CUCCACCUCCAAAUCCGCCAUCCUGUUGUGGUUUUCGUUGUCUCAAAUUCUCUCCUCAGUUACAACUUGAGUUAGACUUCUAAAUCAAAAUGUCGACUGCGACACCAACGCUUAUCCCAAGAAGUCCGGUUUUCCCGAAUGUCCUUCCAAUGCCGCCACAACCUCACCCAAUACCCUUACCUCCUUAUGGGUACCCUCCGAGCCGAUUCCCACGUCGACGUGAUCUACACAGAGAAAUGAACGACUUGAGCGAUGAGGAACAGGAGAUGGAGGAUUUGAAUGAGGAGAUCAAGAAUAGAGGUGCUAGCUUCCUCAUACCAAUAGGUCGUCUAAUGACACAGCAGGAAGAGAAGAACGAUGCAGACGAGGCUGAGGAUGAUGACGACGGAGAUGGAGACCACUCUUCUUCCGAAUCAUCAGAACCAUCUGAAGCUGCACCGUCCGAGGAAGAAGAGAACGAAUCUGAACAGGAUCUUGAUGCUGAUAUGGAAGAUAUGGACGAUGAAGCCAACGUCACAGCCGAGACAGCAGAUUCGGACGACAUGGAUGACGAGGAGUCAGAAUAGCUCAGCUUCUGCAUGGGUGGAUGCUUUGUCAUGUCUUUCGUACCAUGUAUAUUACCGCUAUCAUACUUUUUAUCAGUUUCAUGCUAUCAAUGACCGGAGAGAUCGUCUAUUCUGGUUGGAGAUAUUUUAUUUGAGUAACAUCCCGAAGGCACUAUGGCCGAGUGGUUAAGGCGGUAGAUUCGAAUUGCCAUUCGAAUACAUCUACUCCUCUUUG